AUGUUUAGAGAAGUGUUUACUAUUAUGGGUUAUUGUUGCCAAUUUGACACUACUUACUUCAGGAAACACUCAGGACAAUUGAUUACUAACUUUAACACCGGUAUAGAAAUAUCAGAAGCGCUGGAAGUGGUAGUGAACAGUCAGAAAAUGUUCGCUAAUGGAAGCACUACAGACAGUUUUGUGUUUUUGUAUGUAUUCGACAAGCAGAAUAAUUUGACACUGCUUGACAGUUCGAUCACCCUGACUCCGUCCACAUAUUUUGACGUCACCGUCUCUGUGUGGGCCAUAGACUCAUCGGAAGAAGUGAAAUCUUUGUCUUUGAUGAGCAGGAAGUGCUUUCUGCCAACUGAUACUAAAAUAGCUUCAAACUCAUACCAAGUGUGUAUGACGGUGUCUAUGAUGAGGAAAGUCGUGGUGCAUUGCAGGUGCUUGCCGUUCAAUUAUAAAUUUGAAGAAUUCGACGUAGAAGAGUACCCUAUAUGCACUUGGGAAAGACUGCAGUGUAUAUAUCAAACGCUUAAUAGAGUGCAGAGCGACAUUCGUGACGUCAUAUCGCAGUGCUACCAGAAGUGCGACUACGUACAGUAUGAGACAGAGGCGGAGUAUGUUAAAGUGGAUCGACAUAUUGCAGCAGCGGCACGUGGAGACUGUCGUGUGGCGGUGCAUUUUGCCGACAACACUUGCAUCAAGUACCGGCGAGAAGUGCUCUACACGUGGGACCAGAUGCUGGCAAAUCUUGGAGGUAUAUUCGGCUUAUGCCUCGGCGGGUCCAUUAUAAGCAUAAUUGAGCUAGCGUGGUUCAUCUUGGAGCUAUUGUUUACGAUUGCUAGAGGCCAGAGAGUUGCGCACAACGUACACGGAGAUAAAAAGAGAAUGGUUUUCACUUUGACAAACAAGAUCGCUUCGUUGGAAAAAGCGAAGACACAAAAACAUAAUGGAAUGGGAAUUAUUAAAAGCAGGAAAAGGAAAAGUGGCCGUUUUCCGUAUUUGAAUUGA